GCUAGCUAAAACGUACAAAUUAUGACUGUCAGCUUGGAACUGCUUUAAACAAAUAGAUUCCAAAAGUAAAACAACAAAUUUUAAACAUAAGCUGGAACCCAGAAACCACGUAGCCCUUCAACAGAUCGUCAACUUUUAAAAAUAGAUUAUGUUUAUUCUUUAUCUCCUGCUCGUUUCGGCAAUCUCUGUCUUGGGAAGCGAAGAUGCUGGGAUCGAGGUUAAAGACUUCCAGUCACUCUCAGCCAUUUCUGAACAUAAACUUAGAAUCGAGCGAGAACUUCAGAGUGAUGGUUCGACCAAACCCCAACCCGAUCUUCAACCCACUCCCUACCCUCAACGCAACCCCCUGCACAAUCCUCAAACCAAUCCCCAAAUUAAUCCCCAAAGCAAUCCUCAAAGCAAUCCCCCAAUAAAACCACAACCCAACGCCCUACCCGAUCCUCAACCCGAUCCUCAACCCGAUCCCCAACCCGAUCCCCAACCCGAUCCUCAGCCCAAAAAGAAGCUGCACAUGUGGACCGUCUAUGACAGCCUCAUGGUAAUCUUCCUGAUCCUGGUGCUGAUAUAUGUGAGAAGGAAGCUGUAUAAUAAAGAAGGGGACAACUGCUGCUUUGGAUGCAAGUGGGGACGGCUAAGAAAUGAAAGACCUGAGGCCAGGAUCGAGAUCCUUAAUCAUCAAGAAUCGGGCAAUUUACUUUAGGAGUAAUAAUUUCUUAAAAAGAAAUAUUUUAACAUAUCUUCUUAUUUUAAUAAAACGUGUUUUUAAUUUAUUACUGUA